AUGAUGCAUAGUGUGGAUUACCCUCUCUUGGAGGCGUUUAUUGAGAGGUGGCAGCCGGAUACCAACACGUUUCACAUGUCGUUCGGAGAGAUGACGAUCACUCUUCACGAUGUUUCAUUCCUACUCCAGAUUCCAGUGGAUGGAGAAUUACUUGCUGCACCAGCUAAGGGUGAUCCGUCGUUCGUGAGUGGGAUUGUUGAUCUUCUCGGGAUUCCAGAUAAGAAUGUAGUGGCAGCGCGUGGCAUCCGUUGGUAUGACGGUGGUGGGAUGUUGGUAGAUGAGGCCAUGAUACGUCUACAUGCUAGGGAGGAUGGGGAUGCUGAGGCACGAUGCUAUUUAAUGUGUUUGAUAGGGUCCACGCUUUUUGUGGAUAAGAGUUCUGAUAGUGUUCGUGGAUGGUUGUACUCUUAUUUCAGAGAUUUGCAGAUGGUUAGUAAGUAUGCAUUGGGUGUUGGUGCGCUUGCCUGGAUGUAUAGGCAGCUUGGGAGAUCUAGUCGAGCGGGAUCUAAAGGAUUUUCUGGGUGCUUGACCUUGUUACAGUCUUGGAUCUAUGAGUAUUUUCCAUCGCUGCGCAUUAACAGAGCUGCACCACAAACCGUGACACAGGGAGACCCAUUGGCUAGGAGGUAG